GGAUCGCGCGCUGCGUCCCAGCACGCGGCACGAACUAGUCAGUGUAAAGUAGUUGGUUCGAGAGGAGGCUUAUGUCGCCUCAGUGUCUGUUUAUGUAGCGUUUUUAACUUAUCGAUGGAAUAUAUUUCGUCUUGAAGAUCUGUUUUAAAUCAGGUAAGUAGAGCUGGUGCAAGGAAGAUGCCUCUGCUCGGGAAAAUCGUGGUGAUAAAGAGAAAUGGUACAGAUGGGACCGAAUUUCCACUCACAGCAUCCUGUCUCUUCGGGAGGAAGCUUGACUGUGAUAUCCGGAUCCAGCUGCCACAGGUGUCCAAGGAACACUGCAGAAUCGAGUUUAACGAAAACAAAGAGCUUAUUUUGACCAACCUGAGCUCAGUGAAUCCGACCCGCAUCAACGGCGAGAUUCUGCAGCAGUCCGAACGUUUAAAGCAUGGAGAUCUAAUCACAAUUAUCGAUCGUUCUUUUAGGUUCGAGUAUCCACCUGCCCCGACGCCAAAGAAGAAGCGUUUAUCCACACCUGGUAAAGGAGACACUGUCAAGGUCUUACAAGACCAGCAGGUGAAGAGCACACCUGUAACCACAGAGAAAAAGAAGUCUGAGCACGCCACAGAUACCUGUUUGAAAGAUGGCUCCAACCUGCCUGUCUGUCUGGACCAGAGUGUUGGAGAUCAGCAGAGCAAAGAAAGCAUGGACAGCACCUUGUCUCCCUUCUCUGAUCUUUACAACAUGGUCAAGCGAGAUCUGGCCACCAAACCUGUGUGGAAAUCUGCUAGUCUGUCCAAUACCCCUCUCUCGAGACAUCCAGUGGACAAACAGGAGAUUGAAGAGGUUUCAGACGAGAACGUCAAGCCGGUGACUCCGAAAUCGGCCCAGAAAAAGAGAAGAUCCUCAACCGCCAAGCCUGUAGAGGGUGUUCAAACAGAGAACCUGUCUGCACAGGUGAAAAUAGCCACACCUGUAGUUCAGGGAAAGCAGAAGAGGCAGUCAGAGGGCGGCAGCACGCCUGCAUCGCAAAAGAAAACUCCUCAGACAACGCCACAGAAGUUCACCGCAGACCAAGUGGCCCAGCAAAUCACCUUCGAGAGUCCGAGUACCAAGUCACCGAAAACCAGGAGGAGCGGUGCUUCCCAAACCCCGGAGGACCAGACCACUUCCCAGAAUCCCUCUCAGGUAGAAGAGUCUGAAGAAGCUAAAGAGAAACCGGCCAAUAGGACGUCUCCGAGAGCAAAUGCAGGAAAGAGGUUCCAAGUCCAGGAUGUCUUGCAGGAGGUUGUAGCCACACCCACUUCUGAUGACAGAGCAGGUAGCAGGCAGGCCUCCACCCGGAAGCACAAAUGUGACGACCUACCGCUUCCUGCAGCCAAGAGAAAACGUGUGUCCUUUGGUGGACAGCUGAGCCCUGAACUGUUUGACAAACGUUUACCACCUAAUUCCCCCCUACGCCGAGGAGCAACCCCUGGGAGACGCAGCUUGGGGUUCACUCAGAAAUCUCAAUCUCUUCUGAGGCGAGCCUCCACCAUUGGCCUGAUGGGUUAUCAGCUUGAAGAGGAUAUUGCAGAGAGCCCUGUUAAGAAUGCUUCAACUAAACGGGCAGCUUCCCCUGCCAAGGCUCCCAAGACCCCUUCCCCUGCCAAGGCUCCCAAGACCCCUUCCCCUGCCAAGGCUCCCAAGACCCCUUCCCCUGCCAAGGCUCCCAAGACCCCUUCCCCUGCCAAGGCUCCCAAGACCCCUUCCCCUGCCAAGGCUCCCAAGACCCCUUCCCCUGCCAAGGCUCCCAAGACCCCUUCCCCUGCCAAGGCUCCCAAGACCCCUUCCCCUGCCAAGGCUCCCAAGACCCCUUCCCCUGCCAAGGCUCUGAAGACUCCAUCAUCUGCCAAAAAGUCUCCAAGCCCAAAGGCUAAAACCCAGUCUCCUAAAAAUUCCAAGACCCCUCCACCUUCUUCAAAACCAUCAACCCCUAAAUCCUCAAGGAGGCUUUCGAAUGCUUCGGUGAAGUCUCCAUCUCCAAUUGAAGAGUCACUUCUCAAGACACCUAUGACGCACGGGCGAUUUUCGGUUUCCCGAAUCAGCACCCCGUCACCCAUCUCCGAUCACGAGAAAGAAACAAAGGAAGAAUCUGUACCUGUAGUAGAAGAGCCUCGGGAAUGUGUGACCCCGAGAGCCACACUGAGAAGGAGCAGCAUGAAGGCAUCGGCUCGGAAGACCCCAAAGAGCGUUCUGAAGAGCGCACUUGAUGUUGUGCGAUCGCGACGCAGUGGAGCUUCACGUGCUAACUUGAAAGUUGUGAGUUCCUGGGCUGACAUUGUAAAGUUUGGACAGGCUAAGCCUCAAAUGGAAGGUGGUGCUAAGAAAACAGAAAACAACAGAACAGCUGUCAAGAAGACUAAAGUCACCAAGCCCAAGACACCUGCACACAGACUGAAAGAUCACACAAGCACUGGACAUGCGGAUUCUCCAGCCAGUAUCGUUGUAGGCAAGGCCUAUUUAAGAUCUACUCAGCUUGUGGGUGCUGCUCCUAAAGUAGUAUGCAACGUCGCCCUGUUUAAAAAGGAUUUGAAAAUGGAUGAAGAUCUAACUGGGGUAUCGGAUAUCUUUAAAACUCCAGCUAACAGCAGACGGAAGAGUGCUUUUACAAAGACGAAUGUGUGUCCAGCAACACCGCUUGCUGUUGGUGAAAUGACUGAAAUGUCAGUAAUGAAUACUCCUGAGGAAUCUGGUGAAAUGGUGGUGUCUCCUAUGAGUGUCGCCUCCACCGCCAAACUGGGCCACUACAACAGCGAAGCUGUAACCAGACUCCUCCAGGACGACCAGGAUGGAAGUUUAAUUGAAGAAAUGGGUGACACUGUUGGUCUUUGUCCAUCUGAAGUAUCCACAGUAUUAGAUAUGCCUAGUGAAGAUCAGACUAAGAACAAGAAGGCUGUACCAGUCCGAACACCACAACACAAACCAGCCCCAUCUGAAUGCCUUACAGGAGUCAAAAGACUCAUGAGAACACCUAAGCAAAAAGCUGAUCCUAUAGAUGACCUAAGAGGCAAGUUGCUCAAGACGCCCAAAGAACCAAAACUACUCCAGAAAGAGAGUUUGGAAGGUGUUAAAGAACUACUUAAAACGCCAAAACAAAAGAGAGCUCCCUUAGAAGAAGAUCUGUCUGGAGUAAAGAGAUUGAUGGAGACUCCAAAAGAUGCAAACAGUCCUGUGGUGUGUGUUGUAGCCUUGAAGAGACUUGCCAAAACCCCCAAGAAGAAGACUGAGCAAGAGGAGGACCUUACUGGAGUAAAACGAUUGAUGAAGACGCCCAAGCAGAAGAAACAACCGGUUGAGGAAGACCUGACCGGUAUUCAGCAGAUGAUGAAAACCCCCAAGCAGAAGAAACAGCUGGUUGAGGAAGACCUGACUGGCAUUAAACAGAUGAUGAAAACCCCCAAGCAGAAGAAACAGCUGGUUGAGGAAGACCUGACCGGCAUUCAAGAGAUGAUGAAAACCCCCCAGCAGCAGAGCCAGCUGAUCGAACAGAAGAAACAGCCCAUUGAAGAAGACCUGACCAGCAUUCAGCAGAUGAUGAAAACUCCCAAGCAGAAGAAACAGCUGGUUGAGGAAGACCUGACUGGCAUUCAAGAGAUGAUGAAAAACCCCCAGCAGCAGAGCCAGCUGAUUGAACAGAAGAAACAGCCCAUUGAAGAAGACCUCACAGGCAUUAAACAGAUGAUGAAAACUCCAAAGCUGAAGAAACAGCCCACUGAAGAAGACCUGACCUGCAUUAAGCAAUUGAUGAAAACUCCCAAGCAGAAGAAACAGCUGGUUGACGAAGACUUGACUGGCAUUCAAGAGAUGAUGAAAACUCCCAAGCAGGAGAGCCAGCUGAUCAAACAGAAGAAACAGCCCAUUGAAGAAGACCUCACAGGCAUUAAACAGAUGAUGAAAACCCCCAAGCAGAAGAAACAGCUGGUUGACGAAGACUUGACUGGCAUUCAAGAGAUGAUGAAAACUCCCAAGCAGGAGAGCCAGCUGAUCAAACAGAAGAAACAGCCCAUUGAAGAAGACCUCACAGGCAUUAAACAGAUGAUGAAAACUCCCAAGCAGAAGAAACAGCCGGUUGAGGAAGACCUGACUGGCAUUCAGCAAAUGAUGAAGACUCCCAAGCAGAAGAAACAGCUGGUUGAAGAUCUGAUUGGUGUCAAGAGCUUGCAUCAGACCCCCAAGGAGAAAGGCAAGCCAGUCGAAAAUGACUUUGGAAUUGAUAGUUUGAUGACCCCCAAGCAAAAAACAGAUGUUGCGAUUGAGGGUUCCAUUAUUGUUGAAGAGCUUGAAACUUGCGGUUCUGGUGUUUUGCUUGUGGAAGAUGCCAGUUUGGAAUCUAAAGAGAAGGGAAACAUCUGCCUGGUUGAGGAUGUAAAAAAUGGUACAGAAGCAAAAACUUCUAGCCAGGAGGUGGAAGAUGAGCAAACAAACACAUCCUCUCCUGCUAAAAAAACUAGGCGUGGUGCUCAAGUAAGAAUGGCACAGAAAACCCAGAAGAUUCAAGAACAUCCGGUGAAUUCCGAUUCUCUGUCUGCUAGAGCUGCAGGAGCUGAAGAGGAAACUAGUGCUGAUUCUGCCAAGUCUGUUUCCGCUGUUCGAGGAAGGAGAGGCAAGUCAGCCAUUGACCUCCUUGAGAAUGUUCUUGUACAAAGUCCUGCUAGAAAGUCUACCAGAGGAAAAAACCUUAAGGAGCAAGUGGAGGCUCCAAAAUCAUCUCAUGCCUCUGCAGAGGAUGUGCAGGUAGCACUUAAACCCAGAAGAGGAAGGAAAGCUGAACAAGAUGUCGAAGUUUUGCAGGUGGGUCCUGUUGUUGACUUGAAGGUUUCUGCAGAAUUAGAAGUUUCCAUGAAGUCACCAGCUCCUGCUAGGGCCAAGAGAGGAAGGAAAGGAAAACAUGGAUUGGAGAAUCCACAAGAGCCAGAACCUUUGCCUGAAGUUUCAGUUGAGGAGGUUGGGGUGGCAUCAGAGAGUGCUGAACUUCAGCCAUCAGCAGACACUGAGGCACCAGUUAAGACCACCGCUAGAGCAAGGAGAGGCAGGAAGGAACCCACAGUGGCUGCAGAAGUUGAAGAAACCUCAGACGUUAAGAGCGCAGAUGCUGCAGUGGAGGUGGUUGAAUCUGCAGCAGAAAAUGAAGAUUCUCUUAAAUCCACCACAAAGACCAGGAGAGGCAGGGCAACAAAGAAGGUAAUGUUGAAGACUUCACAUGUUGAGGAGUCUCUGGAACCCACCCUGAUUGUUGUGGAGUCAGAUGAUGUUGAGCCCAAAUUAUCAGACAGUACUGAAGUUCAGUCAGCAGAAACUGAAGAUCAUGUUAAAACCAACUCAAAACCAAGGAGAGGCAGGGCAGCAAAGAAGGAAAUUCCAGUAACAGAAGUUGAGGAAACUCCUAAACCCAUUUCAGAUCCUGAGGUGCUGCCUGAAGAACACACUGAAAUUCCUUUGAAGUCUAGACGAGGAAGGAAAGUGAAUCCAGUGGCUUUGAACAGCCAGGCAGUGGCUGAUGAAUCCACUGUUGAGCCUCAUCCGGUUGAAUCUCUGCCUAUACCAGAAGCUCCAGCAGUCAGAUCUGGUCGGGGUGCUAGAAACAAACAGUUAAAACCACAGGUAGAGGAUGCUGCUAAUGGUCAUGCUACAGAAAUUGUUACAACUGCUGCGCUGACUGAGGAACCAGCAGAACCAGUGGUGAAAAACAUCAGAGGAGGCAGGAGGACAAAACAACCCAAAGCUCAGGUUUUAGAUGACUCUCAAGAAGUGCAUGAUAAACCCAGUACUGACUCGGAACCCAAUCAGCAGUCUGAGGCACCAGCAGCCAGAUCAGCCAGAGGAAAGCGCACAGCUGCUGUCAAGGAUGAGUCCAAGGCUCCAGUCAAAAGAGGACGUCGUGCAGCUACUGUCGAAGUUCCUCCUCCAGUUGUCAAGUCCAGCCGUGGCAGAAAAGCUGCUUCAAAAUCUGAGCCAGAGGAGGUCACAGAAGAUGCCACGGUAGUGGUGGAACCAGUUGAGGAGGCCAGCAAUGAAACAAAGGUUCCGGCGUCUGUGUCCGAGGAAAUAUUACAUGUGCAGACAGACUCUGAGGUAGUAGCUAAGAGAGGAAGAGGAAGAGUCACCAAGAAAUCUAAGGUCUCAACCAAGGACACUUCAGUCCAUGAAGCUGGAGAAGAAGCAGAAGUGGAAGGGCCUCAACUCAAGAAGGAUGAACCUGCAGAUAAAGAUGAUCCCUCAGUUGCCGAGAUCAAGCAGUCAGGCAAAGGACGCAAAGGGAGAGUGGCAAAGAAACAAGACGAACCAGAAAUGGAGAAACCAGCUGCUGAAGAAAAUGUCCAACCAGCCAGGAGAGGAAGAGCAGCUGCUUUGGUAAUUUCCCAACACGAUGAAACAGCUGCCUGCCCAAAAAGGGGGCAGAAAAGAAAAGGCAUGGAGGUUGUAGCUGAGGAAACAGAGGAUACAGAGUCUUUACCGAAGAGGAAAAGAGGCAAAGGAGCUGGUGUAGAAACUGAAACGAUUGCAGCUGUACCAAGCAAAGGGAGGAAGACCACGGCAAAGGAGGCAGAAGAAACCUCUAAAGUGAAAGCUGAAGAAGCUCCUAAAAAGGAAGGAAAACCCGUAAGAGGCCGGAGAAAAGCAACUCAGGAAGAUGCUCCACCCCAGGCUGAGGAUCCUGUCCCAGAAGCAGCCACUCGCCAAGGAACCAGAGGUCAGAAGAAAGCCGAGGCAGACGUCCCCGCGGCUCCUGUGAGACGGACAAGAAGGAAAUAAAGCACUGAUCUUGAGAUGAUGUAAAUAAUCUUCAAGAGCGAGGGGUUUUUAUAUAUUUGAACCAUUUAAUUAUUGUGGUGUAUUUUUUUAAUUCCAAGUUUAACCAUUUUUAUUGUUUAAAAAGAGCAUAGUUGUUUUUUUAAAAAUCAUUUCAAAUUUACAGAUUUAUUUUUUUAAAGCUUGAAACAUUUGGGGCAUUUAAUGCAUUUGUAUAAACAGAAUUGCUUUUUCCCCCCUUUGUAUUCAUGCAAAGUCUUCAGUCUUAUUUCUCUCUUUGUUUUCGGGGAAAAGUUCACUUAUCUGCUUGUGUCCAUGAUAUAAGGUUUUGUUCUUUGCCUGUUUUAAGCAGUGUUUGUAUUCAUAGCUUGAAAAAAAAAAUCCUGAUAAUAAACAGUCUGAGGAUUGGAAAA